CUGUGUAUAUCUAUACAUUUUCUGGUUGCAGUAUGUUAAUGUCAAUCCGUGAUGCUUUCCAUCUAAAAGAAUUUAGUACUAUUGUAACUUUUAAGCUAGUAAAAUGCUUCGAAUGUGGUUGAUUCUUUUCAUAACAAUAACAAGUUGUAUAGCUCUUCAACAAAGCUUAAAAUCUUCUUUCCGGAAUGAGAAACAACUUCAUACAGCGAAAAGGCUCUCGGAUGAGGAAAUUAUUCGAUUAAAUGAUUUAACUAAUGUUACAAACAUUGAUGAAAUUUUGGACAACAUUUGUGUGGUAAGAAAUGUCGGAAGUCCAGGACAUGACAAAGUUAGGGAUUAUAUACAUAGGUCUAUGAAAGAUCUAGGCUGGAAUGUGGACAUAGACCAUUUCCAAAGCCCAACUCCAAUUUUUGGAGUACUUGAAUUUGAUAAUAUCAUAGCAACAUUAAAUCCAAAUGCUAGAAGAUAUUUAGCAUUAGCUUGUCAUUAUGAUUCUAAAUAUACUGAAGAGGGAAAUUUCGUAGGGGCUACAGAUAGUGCUGUACCCUGUACACAGCUAAUAAAUUUAGCUACUGUCAUGAAAAAACAAUUAGAACCUUUAAAAACUACAGACGUCAGUUUGAUGUUCAUAUUCUUUGAUGGUGAAGAAGCAUUUAAAAGUUGGGGACCGACUGAUUCAAUUUAUGGAGCUAGACACUUAGCUAAAAAAUGGCAUAAUAUUAAACGCACUUAUGGAACUGAAAAUGAUAUUAGUAACUUAGAUAGAAUGGACAUGCUGGUAUUAUUGGAUCUGAUAGGAGCUCCAGAUAUGUAUUUUUAUAGUUAUUUUGAUGAGACAGCUCGCUGGUAUUUACAACUCAUGCAAGCAGAAGAAAAAUUGAGUAAUUUAACAUUACUCCAAAAUUAUCCACAUGAUCUUUCAGAUCCAAAAUAUUUCAAACCUUACUCCGUUUCAUCUCAAGUUGAAGAUGAUCACAUACCUUUCUACAGUAGAAAUGUGCCUAUUCUUCAUAUAAUUCCGUCGAAAUUUCCUUCAUUUUGGCAUCGUCCAGAAGAUAAUAGAUCUAAUAUUGACAUGGUAACAAUAGAAAAUUUAAAUAAAAUUUUACGAGUAUUUAUUGCUGCAUAUUUUGCACUUGAUGUGUAAACUAAUAAUAAAUUUAUGACAUUUUUACUCUUUUUUGACAUGUACAUAUUUUCGUUUUUACGUAAAAAUUAUUUAAUGGAUCGAUA